GUAUAUAUAUAGUGGGUGUGCCGACACAUGCUUCUGCAGAACACAACACAGUUAAUCCAGCAGCGACAUUCCUGGCUAGCUAGCAGCUGUAGUAUUUGGUACUGUGCCUCAGGCUGUCAGCGGGAUCGAGCACCGAUAUGGCGCUCAUCAGCAUGCUCAUGCUCCUGGCGCUGUUCGCCUUCCUGCUCAGAGCAUCGGCGGCUCAAUGGACACCCGCCACGGCAACGUUCUACGGCGGCGCCGACGCCUCGGGCACCAUGGGCGGGGCAUGCGGGUACGGGAACCUGUACGGCGCAGGGUACGGCACGCAGACGACGGCGCUGAGCACGGCGCUCUUCAACAACGGAGCCUCGUGCGGCGCCUGCUUCACGAUCGCGUGCGACGCCCGGAGGUCUCGCUGGUGCAAACCCGGAGCGUCCCCCAUCACGGUGACGGCCACAAACUUCUGCCCGCCCAACUACGCGCUGCCCAACGACGACGGCGGGUGGUGCAACCCGCCGAGGCGGCACUUCGACAUGUCGCAGCCGGCGUGGGAGAGCAUCGGCGUGUACCGUGGCGGCAUCGUGCCCGUGAACUACCGGAGGGUGCGGUGCGGCGGCCGCAGCGGGGGCGUCCGGUUCACCGUCAACGGGCACAGCUACUUCGAGCUGGUGCUGGUGACCAACGUUGGGGGCAGCGGCGUGGUGGCGCAGAUGUGGGUGAAAGGGUCCGGUAGCAGCACGGGUUGGAUGGCGAUGAGCAGGAACUGGGGCGCGAACUGGCAGAGCAACGCCUACCUCAACGGGAAGAGCCUCUCGUUCCGCCUUAGGUCCGAUGACGGGCGUGUCGUCACGGCGGAGAACGUCGCGCCGGCCGGGUGGUGGUUCGGCGGCACCUACACGUCCGGGGCUCAGUUCUACUGAAGCAGUGAUCGCUCCGUGAAACGGAAAGUUAGAGAUGGCAAUCCGCUAUUUACGCGCGUGUUUCUGUACGUACCGUGUUCUGCGUUGGACGAUGUGAACUGUCUAUUUUGCAUAGGGCCGAACUGAAGGCCGCCCACGAGGCAGGCUGGCAAGCACGCUACUCUUUGUCGAUGUGGUACUUGCUUGCUUCAAAAUGCAAAUAUUUGUGUGCAAAUUAAAUGAAAAAAGUGUAUGCCUAUGUUCAAAUCAUGCACAUGGAUUCACUUUAGUUU